GGGCGCGGCGCUGGGAAGAUGGCGGUGGCCGGCGGCACCGGCGGCUCCUCGCGCUCCCCGGAGCGGCGGCUCGACCCGCUGUCGCGCUUCACCUGCCCCGUGUGCCUGGAGGUGUACGAGAGCCCGGUGCGCGUGCCCUGCGGACACGUCUUUUGCACUCCAUGCCUGCAGGAAUGUCUGAAGCUGAAAAAGCCAGUUUGUGGGGUCUGCCGCAGCACUCUGUCACCUGGCAGCAGAGCCCUGGACUUGGAAAAGCAAAUUGAAACGACCGAAACCACUUGCAAUGGCUGCAAUAAAAAAAUGUAUCUCUCCAAGAUGCGGAGCCACGCGGCUUCCUGUUCAAAGUACCAGAAUUAUAUAAUGGAAGGGGUAAAAGCUGUAACUAAAGAGCCACUUCACAACACCAGGAACUUCCCAAAUCGCUUCACUUUUCCUUGUCCAUAUUGCAGCGAGAAAAACUUUGACCAAGAAGGACUAGUUGAGCACUGCAAAACAUUUCACAGCAUGGAUGCAAAACAAGUGGUUUGCCCAAUUUGUGCCUCAAUGCCAUGGGGAGAUCCAAAUUACAGGAGUGCUAACUUCAUGGAGCACCUCCAAAGACGACAUCGCUUUUCAUAUGAUACUUUUGUGGAUUAUGAUGCUGAUGAAGAUGAUAUGAUGGCACAGGUUUUGAUGCGUUCUUUGCGGGAUAAAUGAACCAACUAGAAGAUUAACUGUAAAACCAAGCUUCCAUGAGGGGGAAAUGCCCAGCAUCCUCCCACUUCUCCCUGUACAUCCCAAGAUGAACUCAGGCAUCCAGAAAUAUGGAACACUUUAAUCCCUGUCUCGGUUUCCAAUCCUGGUUUGAUAUUUCUGUACCACUCAGUCCUUUGUUAACAUGGUCUGUGCCAUUCAACCCUGUCAGCCUUGCUUCACACAAAGCUUAGUUGUAGGUUGAGAUGGAAGAGACAAUUCUGUUUUCCCUAUGCCUAUUUCUUGAUUUCUUUUGCAGUUGUGUUUGUUUAGACUGUCCAAAAACAAAAACAUUCCAAAUGGAAUGGCCUGAACUAGUUAAUAAAUACCUUCCCAGUCUCAUUUACAUAUUUAGAAUGAUAAUAGGAGAGAUGUAUUUGUAGCUGUUUUCCUUUAGUGAGAUCUCUAGGUGCUAACUGUAGUUGUCAAACCAGCUCUCAUUUCAAGUGACUUAUGAUGCCUGUGACUUCAUAAUGUUUCCCAGUGUUUAAAUUCUUAUAGGCAGCCUCUCAGCUCAAUGGAAAACAUGUCUUCAGUAUGAGUCUGCAAACUGCAAGCUUCCUUAGCAAGUCUUUGCACCUGGGUAAGCAGCUAGUUCAAAAUAUUUUAGUUUUCUGCAUGAUUAUUGUUUUCUUACAUACUUUGUCCAUAAUUGGUCUUAGUUAAAAAUCAUUGUUUUUUAAACUAUCUUGGCAAAUAUAAAUUCUGUUUGCUGGGUGUAUGAUUAAAUUGGUGGGUUUGAAACUAGUUUUUUAGUGAUUUUAAGCCUUAUGCUGAUAGGGGAGUUCAGAAGGGGUUUUUUUCAGUACCUCUGCUUUCCAUUUAAACUAAAAUGAUCAUAUAUAUUCCUGGUUUUUCCAUCUCUCAAGGCAAGCUGCUGUGAAAACUUACCAGUAAUUCCUAGCACUUGCAUAGCAUUACAGAUUUUAAUGAGUGCUUUGGUUUCCUGUUCUUCAUUUAAAUGUUACUUAAGUAGCUGAUGCUGUACUUAGAUUGUUUUCCAGAUAAUAUUACUAUGUAUAGUAUGCAGGUAUAGCUUUCAAAGAAACAGUAAAAUGCAACCCAGAAAGCAGGGUGACAAUUCCAGUAUGUGGUGAAGGGAUUCUCUAUAUUCACUUUUACUAGAGAGCUUCACUUUUAGUUGAAUGUUUUCAUCAACUGCACAGUCAAGAUGCUGAGAUCUAAUGAUCCAAGAGAGAACUUGUAAAUCACAGUAGUGUUGAGAUGUUUAGUCUAAUUUAAGCAUGCUGAAUUGGAGCAGUGGACCUGCACCACCACUGAAUUGAGUACUAAGUAAUUUACUUGACCACUGAACUCAAUAUCGUUGCACUCUGCAGACUGCAGCAUAGCCUUACCCUUAAAACAGGGAAACACACCUCAGCUAAAACCUCUUGAUUAAACUUUGUGUCCAGCCAGACUUCUACCAUAUUUCAGUUGAACUUGGUUUUAGUAUGUUUUCCCUGACUUGUGUUGGGCUGUUAUGGAUCUGUAAGGAUCUGCUUGGUGACUGGAAGCUCAGUCUUGAGGGGCGAAAUAAAAGAGAUCUCAUGGUAGUGUGGGAAAAAGUACUGUGUUUGGGGGUGGUUGUUUUUUAAUGUUUGAUCUGCAAAGAGAUUACAAUGCAUAAGUGAUUGGAUGGGGAUUGCUGGGUUCUGGCUAGAAUGCAGUUUGGUGACACCCACUGACCGGAAUCUAGAUUUCUGCUACUGUUCUAAGUGCACUUCCAUGCAAUUCUGAUGAAAUCUUUAAGGAGCAGUUAGAAGCUUCUGAGCAAUUACUUUGUCAUGUUUCUGACUUUUGGAGACAAGUUAGAAAUAAAGUUCAUUUAAUUUAUAAAAUCCCA